AUGGUCUGUGAAUAAAAAGACGCCGUGUUGUUGACGGACUCUUUUUUGAUACAAAUUUAGAUUUUUCCGAUUUAGCUUACUUUUUUCCAGUUACAGUGAUCAGAAGUCUGCGAAUUACUCUUUAAUUAUGGCUACUAUAGGGCCAAAAAAGGACGGGGCUCCAAAUGUGGAGUAUUUUCAGUCACCGGAGUCGCUAGCACAGUUCGACCAAAUCAGGGUUUGGUUACAAAAGAAUUGUAAAAAGCAUGUCCAGACGGACCCGCCGACCAAGGACGGUCUGGCUCAGCUCGUCAUCCAGCUCAUCCAGUAUCAGGAGAACAAACUGGGGAAGAAUGCUUCAGACCCUCCAUUCCUGCGCCUACCGAUGCGCGUGUUCAUGGACAUGAAGCCGGGCGGCGCGCUGUGCACGGCGCUCGCCACCAUGUUCCGCUUCAAGGCGGAGCAGCGCUGGCGCAAGUUCGACUUCCAGGUCGGUAAGAACCCGUCGCGCAAAGACCUCAACGUGCAAAUGAUGAUGGAAAUAGAGACCGCCCUGCUUCAAGCUGACGCUAUGAAGUUCCCUAUCGUCUUCAUUCGGCCGGAUGUCGACAAGGCCACGGCGAAUAAAGUCAAGGACAUCAUUGAGAACCAUCACGGGGAGAUUUGCGACGAAGAAGACGACGCGACGCACAUAAUCUACCCCGCCGUGGACCCUCUAGAGGAGGAAUACGCGCGGCCCGUGUUCCGGCGCGGCUCGCACGUGCUGGUGCACUGGUACUACAUGCCCGACAGCCACGACUCGUGGCUGCAGGCCGACCUGCCCGUGAGUACACUCUUGAUACUGUGUACCCGUGAGUACAAUCUACCCUAUGGAGGAGUGUUCCGGCGCGGCUCGCACGUGCUGGUGCACUGGUACUACAUGCCCGACAGCCACGACUCGUGGCUGCAGGCCGACCUGCCCGUGAGUACACUCUUGAUACUGUGUACCCGUGAGUACAAUCUACCCUAUGGAGGAGUGUUCCGGCGCGGCUCGCACGUGCUGGUGCACUGGUACUACAUGCCCGACAGCCACGACUCGUGGCUGCAGGCCGACCUGCCCGUGAGUACACUCUUGAUACUGUGUACCCGUGAGUACAAUCUUCAUUGUUAG